AUGGAGCCGUUCAAUAUUAGCGCAGAGAUGGCCUCUUUACUUGAUAACUUGGGUGAAGAGCUUCCUGCGUUCAUUGGACUACAACAAGAAACACUCAAAAACGGUCCCGCCAACGAUGAACAGAUUGAAUUGUAUAUUUAUGCAUGCUUCCUGGCCUUCAAGAGCAUGAACUCAAUGGAGCAUCUUGAACAAGCCAUUCGACAGGCAGAAAGGUGGACCGCGGAACUACGCACAGAUUAUUCUGACAGCUCGCGAAAAUUUGAAAUUUUAGACUUCCUAUCAGCUUGGAUGAUUCAAUUAGAAUUCAUUUCUGAAUCAAAUACUAAAGAAUUUGGGCGGAAGUUUAGCUCCCAAAGAGCCUAUCGGAAGGGAAACUUUGCAAGAGAAUUGUUUAAGAGAUAUCAAGAAACUGGGGUUUUAGGAACUCUGAACGAGGCUAUCGAUGUAAUGCUUCAGAGUUUAGACCUAGUUGGAGAGUAUAUUACAGCGCUUAUGUUAUCCAAUUUUGGAGCCAUGCUCGGGAGACGAUCUGAACGGACAGGCUCUAUUGACGAUCUCAACCGUGCUGUCAACGUUGGAGAUAUGGCAGUCAUUACUACAUCUUAA